CGGAGCUGCUUGAACGUUUUUAUUAUUAUUAUAUAUUUAUAUUUCGUUUUCAUUUACAAGUUUUCCACGGGUAAUAAUUUUAAUAUUUUUAUACCGUUUUAUACAACAAAGUGUUUAUAGAUAGGCGUAAAUUACAACAAAAACAAAACCAAAAGCGUCGUGCGGCGUCGCGGGCAAAAUUUAAAAUCCGAAUUUGAGUUCCAGUCGUUUCAAACGCAACGGCCUUCGCGGUUUAAAAUUUCAAAUUUGACGUUUGGACUUUUCAUGAUGGCGGAGUGUGUUGCUAUUGGCGGGCUCCGCGGGGUCAACAACCUGCGCCCGGCGGCCACCAGGAAUUAGGAUGCUCAACUUUCAGAACAUUUGACGUCUGCUUUACCCAUGCGGCGGUGACGCGAUGUCGGUGGCGCCGGCGGUGAAGCGCGAGCUGGAGCUCGACCACGGCGGCGGCGGCGGCUCGCCGGGGCGCAAGCGCCGCAAGCAGGCCGCCCCCACGCGCGCGCCGCCCCCGCCCGCCCUCGACCUGCACGCCAAGAUGCAGGACAUCUACAAGAGCGCGCUGGCCUUCGGAGACCUGCCCCUGCCGCCCUUCGACCCCCUGGCGGCCUUCCGCCUGCUGCCGCGCCACGAGCCGCCCCGCAUCUUCAACCCCGAGGCCUACUGCGACCUCUGCUGCAAGGAGUUCUGCAACAAAUACUUCCUGAAGACGCACCGCGCUAACAAGCACGGCAUCUACGACGGAGGCGACCCGCAGCCGGCCGCGCCGCCGCCGCCGCAGCCCUCGCCGCUGCAGCCGUCGCCGCCGCGCCGCGCCUCCGACGAGGAGUCCGGCGGUACCCCGCGCCGCCUGUCCCCGGACUCGGCGCGGCGCGCGCGCGACGCGGGCUUCCAGCCGGACGCGCUGCGCCGCCUCGGCGUCGUCAACCCGGAGGCCUUCUGCGAGAUCUGCUGCAAGGAGUACUGCAACAAGUACUUCCUGCGCACGCACCGCGAGCGGCGCCACGGCGUGCCCCCGCUGCGCUCGCCCGCCGACUGCUCGCCGCCCACGCUCACGCCGCCCAUGCUGCCCUCCACGCCGCCCGCCCCGCCGCCCGCGCCGCCCGUCUCCCCGCCGCGCCCGCCCUCGCUGCCGCCGCCGCCGCAGCUCGACCUCAGCUCGCUGGUGAAGCGCGAGAUGCCGGACGAGCUGGCGGCGGCGCUGCGCGACUCGCAGACGAGUCCCCUGAACCUCAUCGUGGAGGAGCGCGGCGGCUCGCCCGGCUCGGCCAGCGAGGAGCUGCGCAAGCUGCAGACCAUGAUCUCGCAGCUGAACGAGCUGGCGGCUGAGCGGCUGGACGAGGGCGAGGAGCCGCGCCGCUCGCCCUCGCCCUCGCCGCCGCCCGACGAGCGCCGCCUGCCCGCCGCCGCCGCCGCUGGCUCCAGCUUCUGCGAGAUCUGCAACAAGGAGCUGUGCAACAAGUACUUCAUGCGCACGCACAUGCAGCGCAUGCACGGCAUCUCGCUGGAGCAGGGCGCGCAGCUGGGCGGCGUCACGUGCGACAUCUGCCACAAGGAGCUCUGCAGCAAGUACUUCCUGCGCGUGCACAAGCACAACACGCACGGCAUCCCCGCGCCGCCCGCGCCCGCGCCCGCCGCGCCCGCCGAGCCCUGCCCGCUGUGCGCGCGGCGCUUCCGCGGCCCGCGGGCCCUGCGCGCGCACCUGCUGGCCGAACACGCCGCGCCGCCGCCGCGCCUGGACCUGCCGCGCGAGCUGCUGCGCGACCAGCACAAGCCCUACGCCUGCUCCUACUGCCCCUUCACCACCGACGUGCUGGCCUUCCUGUUCGCGCACGAGCGCGCGCACGCGGCGGCGGCGGCCGAGCCCGAGCCCGAGCCGGAGCCCGAGCCGGCGGGCGAGCCGGACGCGGCGGACGAGGCGGCGGCGGGCGCGGGGGGCGCGGGCGAGGACUACUGCUGCUCGCGCUGCGAGUUCCGCGCGGAGGGGUUCGCGGCGCUGGAGGCGCACCUGCGCGCGGCGCACGGCGGCGCGGGCGCGCUGCUGGCCGUGCCUCGCGCGCCGCACGCGCCGCUCACCAUGCAGCCCUUCGUGCUGGAGGAGGCGGGCGGCGCGCUCAGCCUGCUGCCGGCGCUGGUGUUCCUGCCCGUGCGCCGCCGCGCCACGCGCCGCGCCACCGUCACGCUCACGCUCACGCCGGCCUAGAGGGCGCCACACUGUCUCGGGGGGCGCGCGGGGGCGCGGGGGCGCGGGGGGGCGAGCCACAUCGCCCCGCGCCCGCGUGACGGCGCGGAACUGUACUACAUUUAACGCUGUGUGCCUUCAAGCGAUUGCUGAAAAAUUUGUGACGUAAUAAUUUAGUUAACGGAGAAGCUGCUCUGUCCCGACGCUCCUUAGUUUACGAGAGUCUAACUUCAUAUAUGAGAAAUAUUUACUAAACGGGUGAUAUAUGAAACGUUACGAAAUUGAUUAUUUAUUUAUUGAUUAUUAUCUCCCCGAUAUGUUCCGUUGAGUCGAUCCGAGACGAGUUUUUGAAACGUUAAUUUCGAUCGGGAGAAGAAAUACACCCUAGGCUUAAUUAUUAUUUAAAUGUAUCAGUAUGUAUGAUUAUGCUGCGAUAGCGUCGUAGUACGAGUCUGAUGUUGAUCACUGGGCAACCGCAGUCCGGUCCGGCGCCGGCCGUCCGGUCCGGUCGCCGGUCCGGGCCGCCCGUUCAGUACAAGCGACGGUGCCACGAACCACGUAGAUGUAAGAUGUACUACGACAACCGAUCUACCUCAAACGUUAGACUUUUGUAACGGUAAAGUAGAUGUUAUUGUAUAAAAAUAUAUUUUGGAGAAGCCACGGAGAGUACAAAUAGUUGAUAAUAUUACGUUGUAGGACCGCGUCGGACGGAGCCCGCGCGGCCGUUGUUCCAUUGUUAGCUAAACUAUACUAUACUAUAAAUAUUGUUGUAUUCGAGUGACUUUAAGCACAAAGAUACGUACUAUUGGGCAGUGAUCAACAUUAAACGUAAUUAGUAUUAAAUUUCAUUAGGUGUGUCGUUUGUGGGAGCCUCGGUCAUGUUACGUUAUGGUGGCGGGUAACGUUGCUAUUUUGUAACGAACAAUUUAUUUUUAAAAGUGCUUGUAAACGUUUGUAUUUAUUACUAAGUCAAACUGAAAUCGGUUGAAAAUAUCAAGCUAAAAAAAACAUAUGUGUAGCUUAUCCGAUUGUAGUGUCAUAAAGUUUAAACUAUAAAACAUACGUUUUCACUUGCGGCAAUAUUAAGAAAAAAAAUACUAUACAAAACACAAUUGAAAAAAAUCCGCCAUGUAAACCCGCCCGAUCGUUUAUUUUUAAACGCGAGCGCUGAAUAUUUAAAUACCUACAAAGUUGAUGCUAAAUUAAUAAUCUAUUGCCUGAUUAUGGUACGAAAUGGUUUUUUUUUACAAAAUUGUUGUUUACAAAAUGGCGGCGUUAGUCCGCAGAGGUCAUACGGGUAUUGUUUUGCGGGGCGCGGGCGCAGCCCCCCCCGCGGUAAUGUUGGCCGAAGGCUGGCUUCUUAUUUGUAUGGUACACUAUGUUCACUGACACCGAUCGCCUGUCCGGCUGCUCAAAUGCUGUAAUAUGAAACUUUAGUGCU